UCUGCAAACCAGAGGGAAAUGAGAGAGUUAAACAAACUCUCUCAACUUCACUCGCCGGAGAGAGGGAGCGGCGGCGGAGCCGCGGUGGCGACAACGGCCGGAGAGAGAGAGACGCCCAAAAAGCUUCCUCUCUUCCUUAGCAACCCAAAAAACACCACACAUUUGCCUAAAAUAGCCUAUACGAACCUAGAUCUAGGCUUUUACCUCUUGGAGGCUUCGAAAUCCGGUGGCCUUUUCGACUCCUCGGUGAGCAAAGGACGUGCUUAUACCAGUGGGUCGGGAUUCACCAUCGAUGGCUCAAGCAUGGCUGGGAUAUGGAAGGCCAAACGGCGGCGGCUAGCUGUUGGAUGAUAGCUUUUAGGACUUAUGAAACUCUGUUUUCCUUUUUUGUUUUUUUGCUCCAGCUUGAAAAAAGAAAGAGAUUGGUGGUUUAAAUGGAUGGGUACUCUAUACAAUUUUCUGAUCAAUACCCAUUUUAAUUUCAAGAAUAUGACUUGUUUUAAAGUGUUUUUCUUUCGAAAUUUGGUUCCUUUUGGUGGGGUUUUCUUGGUCUCCUUCUCUGCCCUGUUUUUCUCUCUGUUUGAAUUCUUCAGCAAAGCUUUCUCAUGGAUUCAAAGUGAUAAGAUUUCCGAGCUCAAUAAUUCGAUUCUAAUUGAAACAGAGGAUGUCACAGAAGAGGAAAAUAAGCAAACUGAACCUGAUGCUAUUGAGUCCAAGGUUGAAGAUAGUGAAUUCAUUGACGAAAAUGAAUCCCCAAAGCUCAUUUUCAAGUUUCACGUUUGAAGAAUUCAGGAAGAAAUUUGAAGAAAACGAGACUUAUAAUGUUGGCCUAGACUCGUUUCCUUGUACAAGCACGAACAAGUAUGAGUUCAACGCAGAGAAUGGACUUAGUCGUAUAAUGGAGAAGCCUGAGGAUAUGAGCUUCUGCGUGAAAGAAUUAUACGCUGAUUCCAGCAAUGGGUUAUUGUCACAACAAACUGUUUGCGAAAAUGUUUCAGCGAGACCUGAGUUCCUUUCUGAGGAGGACUGCACUGUUUCAGAUACUGAUACGGAUUCCAUUACUUCAAGCCCCGAAAGACUGAGUAAUUUUGAACAGGAUUUUGUGGCUGAUUCUUCAAGGAGCAUUGAAGAUCAAGAUAUAGAGGAAGAGCUUAGAAAAUUAGAAGAGUUUGACGACCAGAAUAAGGAUUCAAAUGCUUUAGAAACUUCAGAUUCUGAGGAUUCUAACAGUUUAGAAACUUUAUGGGAACAUCAAGAGCUGAUAGAACAGCUGAAAAUGGAGCUGAAAAAGGUUAAAGCAACAGGCUUGCCAACAAUCUUAGAGGAAUCAGAAUGUCCAAAGAUAAUGGAUGAUUUGAAGCCAUGGAAGAUUGAUGAGAAGUUCCAAUAUGCAGAUAGAAUGACCGAGCUUCACAAAUUCUACCAGAGUUACAGAGAAAGGAUGAGGAAAUUGGAUAUAUUGAAUUACCAAAAGAUGUACGCAAUAGGGUUUCUUCAUUCAAAGGAUCCAUUUCAAUCAAUUUCAAGCCACAAAUCAUCUUCAGCUCCAGCAAUUUCAUCCCUUCUCCCACAAAACCUCCGGCUAGGAAGGCGAAAAUCUUUGGAUUCCGACCCCAUGUCGAAGUUCAUCAACGAGCUUCACGGUGAUCUGGAAAUGGUAUAUGUAGGACAAAUGUGCCUUUCUUGGGAAAUACUUCAUUGGCAAUAUGAGAAAGCUAUUGAAAUUUGGGAAUCUGAUCCUUAUUGCCUGGGUCGAUACAAGUACAAUGAAGUCGCCAGUGAAUUCCAACAGUUUCAAGUUUUGAUUCAAAGGUUCAUAGAGAAUGAACCCUUUGAAGGUCCUAGGGUACAAAACUACAUCAAGAACCGAUGUGUUCAAAGAAAUCUCCUUCAAGUUCCCGUAAUCCGAGAGGACAGCUUGAAGGAUACAAGGAAAGGAAGAAGAAAAGGAAGAGAUGAUGAUGAUGAUGAUGGUGUAAUUACAGCUGAUAUGCUACUGGAGAUGAUGGAGGAGUCAAUACGAAUAUUUUGGCAAUUCAUUCGAGCUGAUAAAGAUGCAAAUCAUGCGAUCUGUAAGAUCAGGAACGGAGCUCAAGUGGAACCUUUAGAGCCAGAUGAAGUUCAACAUUUAGCAACACUUCAAACAAGUUUACAAAAGGAUAAGAAGCUUAGAGAGGCUUUAAGAAGUGGAAAGUGCAUGUUAAGGAGAUGGAAGAAGAAUGAAGGGGAGAAUUCAGAUCAAGUCCUUUACUUCUUCUCUCAAGUGGAUUUGAAAUUAGUGGAAAGAGUUUUGAACAUGUCUAAAGUGACCAAAGACCAACUUUUGUGGUGCCAUAGCAAAUUAAGCAAUAUUAAUUUUGUUAAGAGGAAGAUUAAUGUUGAACCUUCUUUUUUGCUCUUCCCCUGCUAAUAAUAUAC